GUCGUCGUCUUCAUCAAUCUCAUCGUGGUGCACUGCCAGGACUUGCUGGACGUCAGCGCCCUGUGCGCCGCAAGCAUCUCAGGCAUCGUCACCGCUGCCGCUGCCAUCGCCCCCUUCGGUGCAGCUGUGCAUGCGGGCUGUGCAAAAGGUAGCAUCCUCAAGGCAAAUCCGGUGUCUGCAGCGAAGGGCGCUGCAAUCAGCUCCCUGUACACGGUGCCCACGAUCAAACACCGCCGCUUGAAGGCAGUUCAAGAGAUGAAGGAUGCCAUGGCCGGCCUCAAGGAGAUCCGGCAGAAUUUGGAGGCGAAGCUUGGCUUCAAUGCUUCCCUGCCCUCCUUGUACUCUGAGGCGGACAUGGAGAAGAUGAUUCAGCUCAUUGAUGAUGGAGUGACUGAUGAUUCGCAGAAGUGGUCCAUGCGCGGGUCUUCAGACUUGACUGAUGAUGAGUGCGAGGAGUGA